AAGGCCUCCAAGGUGGAGAGGCCUGCACACCCGCUGCCAACCAACAAGGCAGUGACCUCCUUUUACAUCUUUACGACCCGUCCACAAGAAUUCCCUUCUUAUUUUAUCAAUCCUUUUAACCACCCAUUUUGGAGUUUGGACAUUGCAAUGCAAUAAGCUGAUAAAUAGGAAUGGCUGAGAGGACUGACUUGAUUAGUGUUGCUCUGCCGUCCGGAUGUAUAACCACAGCUUUCCAACCGGGGAGUCGGUCUGCAAUUGCGUCAAUUAGGGGAUAGAAAUCAUUCUUAGCCAGCUUCUUGACGAGAGAGGCAUUCCGAGAUAUUUACACGGGAAUUGUGUCACCUUGCAUGGCAGCACAUCAGUUACCACCACCACCUUCUGCGGAUCACAACGAAUGGGAGUUACAGAGCUCUUAUUGAUGUUGGUGAUCAGCCCAGUAGCCUCCAAAAAUUCUGAGAACCUCCUUGACUGCUAGCAAUUCAUCAGUUCGCGGUUGCACGAAGAGGACACUGUCGUCUGCAUACAGGGAAGUCUUUGUCCGUUGCCCCUCCUAAACAGAGGCUGGAGAAGGUUGAAAUCCAAGGCUUUCUGGACCAAAAAAUUCAGCACAUCCAUCACAAUGAUGAACAACAUGGGGGAUAGAGGAUCCCUCUGCCGCAAGCCUCACUGGUGAAAGAUAAGCUCCCCCGGUUCACCAUUCAUGAGCACCCGUGUAGAAGAGGAGCUAAGCAGCUUAGAGAGGAGAUUGUGCCAAAAAGGCCGAAAACCUAGAUGGCUCAGGACUUCCAACAGAAAUGGCCAUGAAACCGAAUUGAAAUCCUUGGUAAUAUCAAGUUUAAGAAGCACUCUUGCCUCCUGCAUAUGGAUAUUUUAGCCGUUUGCUGAACCAACAUGAAAUUGUCGUGGAUACAUCGGCCUUUGACAAAAAGCGCUCUGAUUUGUUGAUACCAGUCCCGCCAACUUGAGGGCCAGCCUGGUCGCGAGAGCCUUGUGAUAGUUUUGGCAAAGCUGUGGAUUAAGCUAGUAGGGCGAAAAUCCUUGGUUUCAGCCGCAUCAACCUUCUUAGGGUGUAAGGUGAUGUAAGCCGAGUUAAGCAAGUAAAGUCUGCUAUCAUCUCCGUGCAUGAGACAAUCCACAGCAGCCAUGAAAUCCUCCUUGAUUGCUGACCAAGCCACUUUGAAGAAAUGACCAGUAAAGCCAUCGGGCCCUGGCGCUUUGUCAAGCGGCAAAACAUUAAUGGUGGCUCAGAUUUCCUCAUCAAAUAGCAGUAGCUCCAAAUCAGACAGUUUCGAAGCCGGACAGUGAAAGGCCAGCAAGUCAAGGGUGAAGUCUCGCUGUCUAGCAGUUCCAAGCAGCUCAUUAUAAAAGCCCCAAACAGCCUCUUUCUUCUCCUCUUGGUCCAGAAUCAACCUAUCAUCAACUUGAAGCUUUGAGAUGAAGUUUUUCUUCUUCCUGUACCGGGGAAGCGAGGCCAAGGGAAUGGCACUUCAACUUCCUGCGCAGCCAGGUCUCAAGCGGGGAGAGCAAUCUGGAAUCUUGGGCGAUUUCCAAGCGGUGCAAGAUUUCUUUAGCCAACAGAAUUUGCUGCUUAAUAUGACCAGUUUUUUUGUGAUUCCAGGACUGCAAAUCACUAGAAAGUCGACUUAGCUUGUCAGCAAAUCUUUUUCAGGGGACAGUUAGCAUCAACAUGUUGAUUCCAGGACAUCUGGGCCUCCUCCACAAACCCAUCCAACCAGGGCCAAAAGCUUUCGAAAUGAAACCAUCUCCUACCCAUAAAGAAGUCAUGCAAUCCGAGUAACAACGGACAGUGAUCAGAAAUGGAAGAGGCCGAGCUCUGCAGCACACAAUCUGGGAAAUACUCCUCCCAAUCCAUCGUCACAAACACAUGGUCAAGCCGAACCAAAGUGGGUGCUUCACGUUCAUUUGACCAAGUGAGCUUCCUCCCCAUUAAUGGCACCUCAGUCAAAUUCAAGUCAUUGAGAAAACGCCGAAAGCGGCCCAUCAUCACCCUGUCAACAUUAGAGUUGUUCUUGUCCGCUGCCCGAAAUAUAAGAUUGAAGUCACCACCUACGGCCCAAGGACCAACACAAGCGAGCCGCAUAUUGCACAGCUCCUGAAGAAAUUGAAUCUUGAGGGCAUCAGUUUGGGGCCCAUAAACCCCUGUAAACCACCAGAACUGACCAUCCUCAUGGGUAAAGCAAACAGAGACCGAGAAAGAAUCAACUCUGACCUCCCGCACAUUGCAAACACUACCUUUCCAAGCGAGAAGAAUGCCUCCACGAGUGCCCACAGCCGGCAGGGAGACAAAAUCAUCAAAGUCAACCCCCAACAUGGACCUUGUUGCUGUGCCUAGGCUCAAAGUCAGGCGGCAGGGCCCUGUGCCGCCUCUUACGGAUGGUAGGCUGGGCAAACAGACAGUCAAGGGGCCUGGUAAGAUCAGCAAGCAGCACGCUGGCGCCAGCGGGUUGAGCCGGAUGUUGAGGCAUCCUUGCGUCUAGAGUAGAAGUGUGUAAUGAUCCCAGCUCUUGUCCGUGGCGGGUCAUCCGGAAUGGUGCACGAUACAAAAUCAACGGAGUUCAAAGACUGAGGCGGCCCGGCAUCACACCCGAGUGUCGGUGCAGCAGCACGGGCAGGCAGCCCAUUGGGGCGAGCAGACGGGCUGGGGGAGCCAACCUCUGCUAGAGGCCCCGGCGGCGAGGGGGCAGCUUCAUGGGCCAACCAGGAACCAACAUCUGUCUGAGGCCCCGGUGUCGAGGGGGCAACUUCAUGGGCCAACUGCAGGCCACCAGAUGCUGACGCGGCCACAACAGACACCUCCAUCCGAGAAGCACUCUCAGGAAUCACAUUUAAAGCCGGCAUGCAGCCAGAAAACACUACUGUCUGGAAUAGAACUCUCUGGUUGGGCGUGUUCCUUGGCAAAGGGUGAUGGCCUCUCCGUCUCCCCCGACUCCUCUCCUCUCCGGCGCCCCUUCCCCUGCCCACCACCUCCCCUCGCUGGUGUCGGCCCUGGCCCCAGCGACCACCUCCUCGGCUACUGCUUCUGCGGGGUUGAUCUCCCCCCUCCCGGGGAGAAAAGUAAUUUUGUUGAAAACUAUUGUUUUCAUGAAUUCUUGAAGCGAGAGAACGAAGUUGGCAACAUAACUAGGCAAGAGGCUGUUAGUAUGGUCCCACCACUGUUUCUGAACGUGCAACCUGAUCAUCAUAUUCUUGAUAUGUGUGCCGCUCCAGGAUCUAAAACUUUCCAGUUACUUGAGAUGAUUCACCAGUCAACGAAGCCUGGACUGCUUCCAAAUGCCCUGGUGGUAGCUAAUGAUGUUGAUGUGCAAAGAUGCAAUCUUCUUAUUCACCAAACCAAGAGAAUGUGCACAGCUAACCUGAUUGUGACAAAUCACGAAGCACAAAACUUUCCUGGUUGUAAUCUUGCAAAGUUCUGUUCAAAAAUGUGUAUGGAUGAGGCAAAGGUGCAGAGGUUGGAGUUUGAUCGCGUUCUUUGUGACGUGCCUUGUAGUGGCGAUGGGACUGUCCGUAAGGCUCCUGAUAUGUGGAGGAAGUGGAAUGCUGGUAUGGGGAACGGACUUCAUCACCUGCAAGUGGAAAUUGCUAUGCGUGGUAUGAGCUUGCUCAAAGUGGGUGGGAGGAUGGUUUAUUCGACAUGUUCAAUGAACCCUGUUGAAAACGAAGGCGUUGUUGCUGAGAUUUUGCGGAGAUGUGGGGACUCUGUUGAACUUCUUGAUGUUUCUAAUGAACUACCUGAAUUAGCCCGUCGUCCUGGACUUAGCACCUGGAAGGUACGGGAUAGAGGGUCUUGGUUUGGUGUUCAUGAAGAUGUACCUCGCUACAGGAAGCAUGUGAUAUCAGCAAGUAUGUUUCCUUCUGGGAAAGGCAGCAAAGAUAGUGGUACGGGGAGCAGCAGCGUUGAGGUCAACACAGAUGUAGCUGAUGCAGACAUGAAGGAUUCAACAGACAUGGGAGAGGGAGAACAAGAAACAACUGUAACAAUUGAUGACAGCAAUAAUGGUGACAAUCUGAAAACCGAAGAGGGAACUAAAGUUGAUUGCGAGUCUGGUGAAGUCACAACUAGUAGUAGUUAUAAAAAGUUAAAUUCUACUUCCAUCCGUACGGAACAUUCAGAUUACCCACUGCAUCGCUGUAUGAGAAUUGUUCCUCAUGACCAGAACAGUGGGGCAUUUUUCAUUGCAGUCCUUCAUAAACUCUCUCCCCUGAAUGAGAACCAGGUGGUAGAUGGUGUCAGAAUUGACCAGAAUAUCUCAAAAGACAAGACUGAGAAACUUGAGAAGGAUUUAGUAUCACAUAAGGCAUCAUCUGAAGAAAAUACUGUGCAUCAGCAAGUGAUUGAUAAUGCAAAUGUUCUGGAUGGAGAACAGAAUAGAGACAGGGAUAACAAAAGUUCAGAAGAUAAGAGCUCAGAGGAUUCUAAGGUCAAUGUUAAUGAGGCAGCAAAGGGUCAAGCAGGAACAAGGGAUAGGAGGAGGCAGCAAAACCAAGGCAGGUGGAGAGGGGUUGACCCUGUGAUAUUUUUUAAAGAUGAAGUGACAGUCAAAAGCAUUGUAUCUUUCUAUGGUAUCACAGAUUCAUUUCCACUUGAAGGUCAUCUGGUGACUAGAAACCCUGAUACUAGUCAUGUUAAGAGAAUAUACUAUGUGUCAAAAUCUGUUCAAGAUGUUUUGGAGCUCAACAUAAAAAUUGGCGAAAGGCUAAAGAUCACCUCACUGGGCCUAAAGAUUUUUGAAAGGCAGUCUUCAAAGGAAGGCUCCCCAUGCACAUUUCGGUUGUCAUCAGAGGGAUUGCCGCUCCUGCUUCCAUACAUCACAAAACAGAUUCUAUAUGCAUCUGCAAUUGACUUCCAACAUCUUUUACAGUACAGGACUAUUAAGUUUCCUGAUUUCGUGGAUGCAAAAUUUGGUGAGGAAGCUUCAGCUUUGCUUCCAGGUUGCUGUGUUGUAGUUUUACGUGAAGGGCAUCAGGAUAUAGGAUCCAUAGCUACAGAUCCCUCGGCCAUUGCCAUUGUUUGCUGGAAAGGAAAGACCAAUUUGUGCGUCAUGGUUUCUCCGCUAGAUGGUAAAGAAUUGCUUGAGAGGAUUUCUUUGCGCCAUGGGCUCAAAAUCCCCAAAGGGGAUAAAGAGAAACCCAGCCAGGAGAUUGCUGGAUCAGACGAGCUGCUUGAUUGUGCCACUGAGGUGGACGAUCAAGAGUCUCUUCCUGAAAGCAAAGCAUCUGACAUCGAAAUUUCAGAUGCUAAGGAGGCUGAGUAGCUUUUGUUUUAUGUCACUACGCAUAUUACACAGGAGGUAGCUGUAUCCUCGAGAUGGCUAUUAGCUUUUUUAAGUCACUUCGGUUGCCAAGGGAGAGAGAUGAUAGCCCACCACAUGGGAAUGACAGACUCAAAACACCAUCUGGUAAUCGUUCACGGUGACACAGAAUCUAUAGACUUGUAACUUCUUGGUUUUAUUUCUUCGAGAGGAUGUAUUGCAUCGAUUUUAAUUUGUUGCACUCAACACAGAAUCUAGUAAAGAUUGAGAAAAACAUUUUUUUUGAGAUA